AUGGCCGUUAAGCCCACAUCCAUCACCGCCGCCACCGCCGCCGCAGCCCUCCAUGGAGACCAGCAAGUCGCCGCAGCUCUACUCGCCGCCGCGCGAGCCCUCCGCGGCGACGGUGAUGCUGUGCCCGUGCCUGGCGUUCCUCCUCCUCGCCCUCAUCAUCAUCUCCAUCGCACUCACUGUCCACUUUCGCCUCUACUGCCACACCCCUCUUGCACACCUCAUCUCCCCGCACUGCUGCCCCCACCACAUCUGACCUCCGGAUCCGCUCGCAUCGCUGGCGUGGUCCUGCUUCCCAGAGGCGCACUCCCUCUGCUGCCGCCGAGAUCCCGAUCCCUUACGGGUUCCCCUCUCCACGCGACACCGGCAUGUGGAGCUUACGACGUGCUCUGGGGCUUCGCGGCCGGAAGGUUCCUCUCCACCUCGGCUGCCUCCGACGAAGACGGGGGUGCGUCGGAGCAGGAGGAGGCGGCGACGAGCAACCCAGAGGUCGUGGGCCGCGUCUGCGCGGCCAUCGCGGACGUCGUCGCCGCCGGCGCGGACGCGAACCUGGAGGCGGCGCUAUCCGCGCUCUCGCCUCCGCUCUGCGAGGCGGUCGUGCUCGCUGUGCUCCACCGCUUCAAGCACGCACACAGGCCGUCCUACCGCUUCUUCAGGUGGGCCACCGCGUCCGGCGGUUUCACCCACACCACCAUUACCUACUGCAAGAUGUUACACGUCUUAGGCAAGACGAGGCAGUUCGAGUCGAUGGUUGCGAUGAUCCAAGAGAUGGGGAAGGCGGGGGCCCUGUCCAUGGACGCCUUCAAGGUUGCCAUUAAGUCCUUCGCUGCCGCUGGUGAGGUCAAGAAUGCGGUCGGCGUGUUCGAGUUGAUGAGAAAGAACGGUUUCGAUGAUGGGGUGGAGUCAUUCAAUUGCUUGCUGGUUGCUUUAGCCAAUGAGGGAUUGGGCAGGGAGGCCAGGCAGGUGUUUGACAAAAUGCAUGGCCAGUACUAUCCAGACCUGCGCUCUUAUACUGCACUGAUGCUGGCAUGGUGCAAUGCGAGGAAUCUGGUUGAGGCUGGGCGGGUUUGGAAUGAGAUGCUGGAGAAGGGAAUGAAGCCAGAUGUUGUCGUCCACAACACAAUGAUUGAGGGGUUGCUGCGUGGGCAGAGGCGACCUGAGGCCGUGAAGAUGUUUGAGCUGAUGAAGGCAAAGGGGCCUCCACCAAAUGUGUGGACUUACACAAUGUUGAUCCGCGACCAUUGUAAGCGGGGGAAGAUGGACAUGGCAAUGGAGUGCUUUGAGGAGAUGCAGGAGGCCAGAUGCCAACCAGAUGUUGCUACCUAUACAUGUUUGCUUGUUGGAUAUGGGAAUGCAAAGCGAAUGGACAGAGUGACUGCUGUGUUGGAGGAGAUGACACAGAAGGGAUGCCCCCCUGAUGCUCGGACUUACAAUGCACUGAUUAAGCUGCUAACAAAUAGGAAAAUGCCAGACGAUGCUGCAAGGAUAUACAAGAAGAUGAUCAAGAAAGGACUUGAGCCCACAAUCCAUACUUACAACAUGAUGAUGAAGUCAUAUUUCCUUGGUGAUAGGAACUAUGCAAUGGGUUGUGCAGUGUGGGAGGAGAUGCACCGGAGGGGUAUUUGUCCUGAUGUUAACUCUUACACAGUGUUCAUUAAUGGGCAUAUACGACAUGGCAGGCCAGAGGAGGCAUAUAAAUAUAUUGAGGAGAUGAUUAAUAAAGGGAUGAAGGCUCCACAGAUAGACUAUAAUAAGUUUGCUGCAGAUUUCUCUAAGGCUGGGAAACCAGAUAUAUUGUAUGAGCUGGCUCAGAAAGUGAAAUUUGCAGGGAAAUGCGAUGUAUCUAAUGUGUUCUUUCAGUGGGCAGAUAGAAUGAAGAGUCGGGUCAAGAGAACUGUACCUAAUCAGAUUGGUAAUAGAAUGUUCCGAGAUUACCACACUGCCAGCAGGAAUGUGGCAUGCUGUCAUGGUGCUUGA